AUGGUGCCCAUCGUAAUGACUGCGCUGUUCCCCGAACGUUCCGAUACCCAUCAUUCUCGCGACCAUCACACAGUGUACCGCAACAUCUGGUUCUCCCAAUCACGGCUGUACCGGCGGACUCCGAUCCGGCCGAGGGAGCCGACUUUCGUGCUGGUCAAGCAAAGUCACUGCCGGCUGGACGAAGAUUUCGAUUGUUUGGUGCCACCUGAUGUGGUGUCGUUGUUGUCCUCGACCGCUCCACCUCCUGCUUCAUCGGACGCCAAGGCCUGGACAUCAGCUU